ACACGUCACUUCCGGUUAGCGGUGUUGUUUUCUCCCUUUGUAAGCUUAAUUAGCAUUUCUGUGUUUCGCAGCUUUGUUCAUACUUUUUUAGCCCUGAUUUUGAUGUAAAAACAAACAAACUCCUCUAACGAUAAGUGAAGCGUGAAGUAACCACGGCACCGACGUAGUGUUUGCACAGAUAGGUGCACUGAAGGAUAACCAACAAAAAACAGCCAAUCAGCAGCAUCAUGUCUGCAGAAGUGGACCUGUCUCCUCCAGAGGUCCCUGAGUCCACCUUUCUAGAAAGCCUACUGCGCUAUGGGCUGUUCCUGGGGGCCAUCUUCCAGCUCAUCUGUAUCCUGGCUGUCAUCUUCCCCACAUCUAAGUCCCAUGAACAGGAGGAGACUGAGUCCACUGAUGGAAAGGCCACUGAACAGAUGAAGAAACCUAAAGGACUCACCCCGCAGAUCCGACAGAAACCAAAGAAAGAGAGCAAAAAGAAGCGAUAGUGCUGUGUGUGUGUGUGUGUGUGUGUGUGUGUGUGUGUGUGUGUGUGUGCGUGCGUGCGUGCGUGCGUGUGUGAAUGCGUGUGUAUAGUCAACAGUGAGUUAACAUUGGCAGUUACUAAUACAAUUAUCACUACAGGUAUACAAAGCACUGUCAUAUUACGACAAUUAAAAAUGUGCAUUUAAUUUGAGACUCGAAUGACCUCGAACUAUGUGUCCUUCACAUUCAAUACAAUAUUAAUAAAAGCAAAUUGUCAUAUAUAUUGUUUGCAGAUUUUUUUAUGUAGCUACAUAUUUGACAUGAUAUUUGUUGUGCAUUUAUUGUCUUUUAUAAUUGAAUAUCAUUGAUUGAAUUAUGUUUGGAUUUCAACUUUCAAAUAAACACAUGAUGAGGUCAUUUGUCAGAUUGA